CAAAUCUGCCCCCAAAGCGACAACGACCGCCGGCGACCCUCCGCCGCUGCCGUCAUGCUGCGCCUCCGAAAUCGCCUCCUCCCUCUCGUCAGCGCCGCCUCCCAGCUCCCCUCCCCUAUCCACCGCAGCGACUGCUUCCGCCUCCUCUCCAACUCCCCCGCCCCAUUCUCCCUCGAGGACUACCUCGUCGCCUCCUGCGGCCUCGCCCCAGCCCAGGCCCGCAGCGCAUCCAAGAAGGCGCUCGCCGAGGCGUCCAGACUGUCCGCGAAGGCGUUCAACGACCUCACCUCCGCCCGCCACCACACCCGCUUCGACCCCGACGCCGUCGUCGCCCUGCUAUCCAGCAUCGGCCUCUCCCGCGCCGACAUCGCCGACGUCGUCGCCGCCGACCCGCUGUUCCUCCGCUCUAGGGUGGACAGGCUCGGGCCCCGCCUCCGCGACCUCCGCGACAGCGUGGGGCUCUCCGUUCCCCAGAUCGCCCGCUUCCUCGCGGUCGGCUCCCGGUUGAUGCGCGGCUGCAGCGACCUCGGUCCCAAGAUCCAGUUCUACGUCAACUUCUUUGGCUCAUUCGAGAAGCUACUAUCGUUCAUGAAGGGGAACAACUCCCUUCUAACCGCGGACCUUGAUAAGGUGAUCAAGCCUAACAUCGCCUUGCUUCGCCAGCGCGGCCUAAGUGUUCGAGAUAUUGCCCAGCUGUGUUCAAGGAACGCGCGGCUGCUUACGUUCAACCCGGAGCGUGUGCAGGAGGUCUUGCAGCGCGCGGAAGAGCUUGGGGUGCCCCGCAGCUCGGGGAAGUUCAGGCAGGCCGUGGCGGCUCUCGCCUGUACCACCAAACAGAGGGAUACUGCCAUGCUUGAGUUUUUGAAGACAACUCUCGGCUGCUCCAAGAGCGAAGCUGCCAUUGCAGUGUCCAAGUACAUUCUGGAAAGGUCUAUCCUGUUCACACACAGCCUGGAGAAGCGGCUAGUGCCCCGGCAUUGUGUCAUGAAGAUCCUGCUCGCAAAGGGAUUGCUGGAGACCAAUUUGAGCUUUUACUCAAUAGCUAGAAUGGGAGAGAAGAGUUUCAGAUUGAGGUUCAUCGACUAUCAUAAGGACUCUGUUACUGGGCUUGCGGAUGCAUAUGCCGCUGCCUGUCGGGGCCGUGUGCCCUCCGGCGACCAGCUUUAACAUCUUUAAGAUCCCAGAUAUUGUUCAGACAGUUGGUAUAAUUGCAACUCAUGCUCAUUUGCAUUUA